AUGCCUGCUGCCUCCUCAUCUACCCAGCUUCUGGAGUCUCUCCAGAAACACAAUGACACCUUCGAGUCACUUCUCAAGCUUAUACCCGCCAAAUUCUACCUUGUCAAUGACGAUCCCAACGAUUUUGUGCCCUCGAAGUACCAAAAGCAUACAGGCAAGAAGGCGAAGGAUAUCAAGGCUGCCAAGCGGGAGAGGCUCGAUCCCUCAAGAAACAAGACAAUAGUCGAUAUACAAAAUGAAGCCGCUGGGGAGGACGAUGCGAUGGACGUCGACCACGAUGCGGAGGACGAUCAGGCUGAGGAGCCCGAAAUCGUGCCAAUGCACGCCGGUGGUGCGAACACGCUGCGCGAGAAGCUGCACGCCCGAAUGGCCGCGUUUAGGAAUGGACGGGGAGCGAACGCAAAUGGGAAGGACGCGUUGAUCGAGGAGCGCAGGCGAGCGAUGCGGGAACGGCGCAGAAAGGAGACGAAGGAGAGGCGAAGACAGGAGAAGUCUGCUAAGACUGCGAAGACCCAACUCCUCGUUGAACACUCCCCUCCACCACAAGCGCAAGCCUCCACUUCCAAACGCGCCGAAACCACCGUCGCCUUCAACGCCAUUGAAGGGUCUACCAAAAAGGGGAAGAAGGCCGUCUCGAACAACCCCACCAAUCUCCUCUCCCACUUGCAGGCACAAAAAUCCAAGCUCGAAGCGCUGCCCGCGGACAAGCGUGCCGCGAUCUCAGAGAAGAAUCGCUGGGCGCGGGCGGAGGCGCGGCUGAGCGGCGCGAAGAACCCGGGUAUUGCGGUAGCGGAGGACGGUGGGGAGGACGCGGAGGAGAAGAAGCUGAAGAAGGCGGUGAAGCGGAAGGAGAAAGAGAAGGAGAAGAGCAAGAAGGCAUGGGACGAGCGCAAAAAGCAGGUCACGCAGUCGAUGGCGGCGCGUCAGGCGAAGCGGUCGGACAACAUCGCGCAGAGAAACGAGCGGAGGAAGAACGAUGGUGCGAAGCCGGGGAAGGGAAAGCAGCGCGCGGGCUUCGAGGGAUCGAGCCGGAGUGUGAAGGUCGGAAAGGGAGGGAAGGGCAAGGGAAAGAAGUGA